AUGCCAGCGCCAGGAGCGAGAACCAGGAUAGCGUCGGGCAAGGUACACAUCUGGAUACCCCUUCCGGCCCGCUUCACUCCCUUGUUCAAUAGCCUGGUUAACGGCAGAGGUGAACCCAUCAGGCCAUCUAACGCCCGGAUCCGUCAUCUCGAAGCGGAGAACUCGCGUCUCCGGGGGAUGCUGGAUGAGCGACAGCAGCGGCAGCAGCGGCAGCACCGACAGUCAUCAGAUAGCAUCCCACCCCAGUUACCAACGCGACGAGAUGAUUCAUGGCUGUCUGACGAUGAGAAUGACGAUGCCCACUCAUCUGCGUCCCUGGCUUCGGCGCCCUGGCCCUCCGGAACCCCGUGCCGCCCGCCUGUCCGCCGUGACGAUGCUGACGACGGCCACCAUCCUCCGUGCCGACCACCGGAACUAUCCUCAACUGACAAACACCCUGGGGGUGUAGGCGGCAACGACGAAGAGCUCAUCAAGAAUCAGUUGCUGACUCAGGCAACCAAGCAGCGUCAACUCGAGCCCAUCCACGCCGCGCAAGGCAAGCUCGACUUUGAAGGCCUAAACGCCGAUGCGGGAACCAAGACGCUGGCCAAGUUCUGGGACAGCCAGACAUAUGCGGGCUCCAUCGUCUACCGCCCUGCCUUCAUGCGGGACAUGUCCACGGCGGACGGUGGGCGGUAUUUCUCCAAGCUGCUCCUCAACGCCAUGCUGUUCUCCGGGUCACAGAAAACGGCGGAGAUUGGCCACGAUGAGCCCCGUGGCCAGCGCUUUCGCCGCAGGUUUGACGAAAUCCUUCUCCGUCCCGGUACGGUCUUCAAGAGCGACGUGACGACCAUCCAGGCCCUGCUGGUCAUGUCUGAUGCCCUCUUCACGUGGUGCGACGAGAGCAGCUUGUCAUGGCAUUACAUGGGCCUCUCGAUCAACAUGAUGAUAGACCUGGGCAUGCACACCGAGAGCACCGUCUUCAGGCCGAGGAGGAGGACCGGCUGGGAGGAGACCGAGAUUCGCAGAAGGGUGUUCUGGGCGGCGUUUUCCAUGGACAAGGUCCAGAGCAUCUACCUGGGUCACCCUCCGCGUCUGCGCGAGACGGACAGCUGCGUCCCCAUCAGAUUCCUGGACGAGUACCAGGAGCUCGAGCCGUUCCACGCCAGCGGACGCUCGAGGUUCCCGACGGAGCAGCAGCUCAGCCGUCCCUCGUACAGCCUAUCGACGUUUGAGCAGCAGUGCAGGCUGAGCAUCAUCACCGACCGCAUGCUGUCCCUGUACGCCGAGGCGAUGCCCAAGCCAGCAGCGCACGAGCUGAUGGCCUCUGCGGAGGCUCUCCACGCCCAGCUGAAGCGGUGGAAGUCCGGUAUGCCCGUCCAUCUACUAAUUCGGCUGGAGGAUCCCACCGCGUCGACGAUCCUCCCGCACACCCUGUCCCUGAUGCAAGUUUCAACCCUACCGAGCAGGGCCAUGUACGAUGCGUUGAUGAUUCUGCUUUACCGUCCCUUCGUCUCAGGAGGGCACCUCGGCGCCGUAUCCGAGUCGGCAGCCCGCCAGGCCUUUGCCCACUGCGCCUCGGCGGCCAUCGACACCCACCGCACCUUGCAGCUGUACAGGCAGCACUUCGGCACCGACACGACGCCCUACUCCAUCUCGUAUGCGGCGUACGUCAGUGCCACGAUACACGUGCGCAUGGCGGCCCAGUCGGCCCCCGGCUCGCCAGCACACGAGCGCCUGGGGACGUGUCUGGACACGCUGCGUGGGCAGAAGAUGUUUGGUCGCGCGCCGGAGAGGACGCUCAGGAUCCUACGGGGGCUCGCGGCCCGGAUGGGGGUGCACUUGGGAGGAGCGCCCAACAGCAAGAUGCCGGAGACGGGAGCCGACGGUCCACAGGCGCCGCCGCGGACGGAGCCACUGCUGUCCACCAGUGACGACCGAGGCCAUGGUCAGACGGCUACGCUCGCGUCGGACGUGGCGCACGAUUCGCCGGAGCUUGACAUUGACGCCAUCAUGUCGGACCUUGACAUUGACGACAUCAUGAGGAGCUUUGACCUUGAACCUCCGAGCGGCACGGCUGCGCAGUCUACUAUCGAUCCACAUCAUCAAUAUGGCGGGUUCGGAAUCGCCCCGUUUUCCGACCUGGCUUCGGACCGGUGUGAAGCUCCACCUAUGGGGGAUGACUUGUUCUUUCCGGAUCUCCUCUGCGGCUUUGAUCUAGAGAUGGAAUAG